GUUGAGAUAAAACAGUCGGCUAAAACUAAAUUGCAAUUUUUAUGGUCAUGGCUGCCAGGCUGCUGGAGAAAGUCCGAUCUCAGCAUUCAGUAGCAAAGCAUUCACGUGGGCCUAAAUUCAAUUUUCUCCUCUGAUAUUGUGAUCACUAGGCUCGUCGAAUCUGUCUACGACUGCGCGAGACGGUGAAAUGCCACCGACGAUUUCAGCUCACGAUCUCAGCUGCGAAUGGCGAACAAGCUAUUUGAUACUUCCGACGUUACUCGACUUCCCAGCACAAUCGAAGUCUCCGGAACCUCCAUCUCCGGCCCACACCGUUGGCCCGAACGACUCCACCUUCCCCUGCUCAAGAAAUGCGCCCAUUUGAACCAGUUCAAACAGCUCCAUACCCGGAUAAUCAAAACUCCAUUUGAACAUACUGAUGCUCAUCUCACCAAGCUCAUCAAAUCAUUGGUGGAUACCGCCCAAAUGGCUUAUGCGCACCGGGUGUUCGACCAAAUGCCCGAACCACCCACCUUCGUGUUCAACACAAUGGUGAGGGGCUAUGCGGAACACUGUCCUUCAAAAGAAGGGAUUCGAGUUUUUGUCCAGAUGAGAAGCAGAGGCCUCGAGCCUGACAAUUACACGUACCCAUUUGUGCUAAAAGCUUGCAGGAAGCUUGAUGAAGGGAAGAUAGUUCAUUCCCUCAUUGCCAAGAGCAAAAAAUUUAGUUCGGAUACGCACUCGCUGACUUCUCUUGUUCGCUUCUAUUGCAGCUGCGGUGAUAUUGAGUCUGCCCGUUUGUUAUUUGAUAGAAUGCCUGAGAGAGAUGUGGUUACGUGGACAACGAUGAUCGCAGGUUGCACGAAGCAGGGCAGGUAUGGGGAGGGGCUGGCUCUGUUUCAGGAUAUGCAGGUUUCUGGAGUUGAGGCAAAUGAAUUGACUCUGGUCAGCGUUCUCUCUGCUUGUGCUCAUCUUGGAGCUUAUGAAAUGGGGAAAUGGGUGCACUGUUAUAUCAACAAGAAGCAAAUUGUUUUGAAUCCUACGCUUUCUGCUGCCCUUAUAGACCUGUAUGUCAAAUGCGGAUGCAUAGAAAAGGCUUCACAAAUUUUUCAGGAAACCCCUCAAAGGAGUGUCUCUACUUGGAAUUCCAUGAUUGGGGGCCUCGCAAUGCAUGGCUUUGGGCUUGAAGCGCUCGAGAAAUUUGAGCAAAUGCAAAUGAGUGGAACAAAACCAGACAGUAUUACGCUGAUUGGUGUUUUAUCUGCAUGCACCCAUUCAGGGUUGGUGGAAGAAGGAAAGGAGUAUUUCCGUUCUAUGAGAAGUAGGUUCGGGAUUGAACCUAGCAUUAAGCAUUAUGGCUGCUUAGUUGAUCUUCUAUGUAGGGCAGGACACUUGCACGAGGCUUAUGAAGUUAUGAAAAAUAUGCCAAGAGAACCAAAUGGGGUGCUGUGGGGGACUUUGCUCAAUGCAUGUGAAGCAAAUGGUCAAAUUGAUGUGGCUGAGAUUGCAAUGGAAAGGCUACUAGAGUUGGAACCCGUUAAUGAUGGAAAUUAUGUUCUUAUGUCAAAAAUAUAUGCUAUGAAUGGGCAAUGGGAUGGUGUGGCUAGGAUGAGGAGGUUCAUGAAGGAUAGAAGGAUAGUGAAGAACCCUGGUUGCAGUUUAAUUGAGAUCGAUGAUGGUGUACAUGAGUUUAUGGUUGGAGAUGGAAGGCACCCUUCUUCAAAACUGAUAUACUCUAUGUUGGAGUUCAUCACCAUGAGCUUGAGGGAAGAGGGUUAUGCCUCUAGUUAGGUAAGGUACCUGUUGGGUUGUGCACAUAUUUGGAGUCUAUAGGGAAAGAGAAGGUUUCGGAUGGAGGACAUGCUAGAAUGCCAUCGAGUAUAUCAUUAUAUUGUUACAAGAGUAUCUUUGGAGAUUUCAUAUAACAAUAUAGUGUUAUAUCUACAUAGGAGCUCCAUGAAUGUAAACACACAUAUUUGGUUCUAUUUUCUUUCCAUUUGCUCUCUGUGUAUAUAGUUUUCGGUCAUAUUUGUAAGCACACUAUUAAAUAUCAAUAAUGAAGAUAAAAUAUGCACUUUACUUUUCUUUUUUU